CAGCCGCUGGCGGUGUAGGACUGAGUCUGUGGCGGGCCCGGGGAAGCGAGGAUGGCGGAGACUCUGGCAGGGUCGGGCGACUCGAGCUGUGGUACGACUGCUCUCGGGUCUGGCGCCUCGGACACCGGGACGCGGCGACUCUGCGACCUGCGGGUGAUUGACCUGCGGGCGGAGCUGAAGAAGCGGAACCUGGACACGGGCGGCAACAAGAGCGUCCUGAUGGAGCGGCUCAGGAAGGCAGUUCAGGAGGAAUGGCAGGAUCCUGGGGAAGGUGGCAUCGACUUGGAAACAACAAGCAAGAGGACUGCAAAGAGAUGUGCCAAAGGACAGAAGACGGAGGAGGAAGACACUGAAGAUAACGGCCUGGAAGAAGAUUCCAGAGAUGGGCAGGAGGACAGGGAUGCAAGUGUGCAGAGCUUCCAGGACAUGGACGUGGUGGGCGUGAGCGUGUUAGACAGACCUGAAGCUGAGGACAGCAGUGCUCCCGACGUUGGGGAGGACAGUGCCAAAGACAGCAUCCUCGAUUCCUUCUGUGACAGUAAAGAGUACGUGGCUGCGCAGCUGGGACAGCUUCCAGCUCAGCUCGCGGAUCAUGCUGUGGACAGGGAAGGCUUCCGGAGCACCUUGGAGGCACCCUCGGACUGGACAGUAACUCCGGAUGCUGAAGAGCCCCUUUUGGAGCCAGAAAAUGAGAAAAUACUCGACAUUUUGGGGGAAACUUGUAAAUCUGAGCCAGUAAAAGAAGAAGGUUCCGAGCUGGAGCAGCCAUUUGCACAGGAUACAAGUAGCGUGGGGCCAGACAGAAAGCUGGCGGAGGAAGAGGACCUUUUUGGCAGCGCCCAUCCGGAAGAGGAGGAGGAGGAGGAAGAGCAGGAGGAGGAGGAGGAGGGAGAUUUAGCUGUGGCCAGCGAGUCACCGCGCGCUCAGUGGAGCGAGGCAGACACCCUGUUAGCGGUAGUGAAAAGGGAGCCCGUGGAGCAGACAGGCGAAGGCGCGAGGACGGACCGCGAGCCUGUAGGGCUAGAGAAGCCAGUUGAGCAGAGUAGCGCGGCCCCCGAGCUGGCGGAGGCCUGUAGCCAGGAGCUGGCGGAAGCGCCCACGGAAGCCCCGAGCCCCGAGCCCAGAGAUAGCAAAGAAGACGUGAAGAAGUUUGAGUUUGAAGCUUGUAAUGAAGUCCCUCCGGCUCCUAAAGAGUCCUCAACCAGUGAGGGCGCUGAUCAGAAAAUGAGUUCUUUUAAGGAAGAAAAAGAUAUAAAGCCAGUGAUUAAAGAUGAAAAAGGUAUGACUUGACUCGUGGUCCAUUGGGAGGCGGGGCCUUGGAUGGCCGCACUGUGCGUCAGUGCUCUCGGCACCUAUUGCCUUGCUGGGUUGACUGUCACAUGGCUCUGAGGGAGUUGAGCUCUCCCUGGUUGGGGAUCCACAUGGCUGUUUGUGGGGCAGUGAAAGCUGUUCCAAGGCAGCAGUGUUUCUAGCCCUUGAGGAGCAUGUGACAAGCAUUCCAGAGCCUGCUGUCUUGGUUGAGAGCUGGGCAUCCAAAGGCCUUUCAGUUACAAGUGAAUACCCCGUGGUCACUCCUUGAGUAGUCUUGAGGGGCUGGAGUGCAGCUUAGUGGGGAGGACUGCCUGAUACAUGCCAGGCCCUGGCUACAUCCUCAACCCUGCAAGCAAAAAAAAAAAAGGCUCACCAUUUGUGC